AUGCUCUCCGAAGCCCUCAGCCUCCAAGACCCCAAGUCAUCCCACCCCCAACCCCCAACUCACGUCCUCCUGAUCGGCGACAUGAACAUCGCGCCCCAGCGCAUGGACGGCCACCCGCACCUCCGCACCUCGCCGCACCAACACGUGCUCAACCGCGCCGACUUCAACGAGAAAUUUCUCCACCGCGAAAACGCGGCCGGGUUCCAGGGGUUGGACGUGUGGAGACUGCUCCGAGGCGGCGAGAGGCGGUACACGUACCAUCCGCGAGGAGCAGAGUGGGGGAGGAGUUGCGAUCGCGUGGACCUGGCCGUUGCGGGACGGAACCUGGUGGGACACGAGGACAGGGCGAGCAAGAGGGAGAACUGGGGGGUGAAAGCGGCACAAGACGGAAGAGGGAGAGAAACUGUUGGCCGGCUAGGGAAAGGCGCGAUCGCGGGGAUGGAUAUCUAUGAUAACGAGGUGGAUCGCGGUCAUAGUGACCACGUCCCGCUCAGCGUGACUCUAGAUGUGAAUGAUUUAUAG